GUAUCAAAUUUGCAUUAGUUUGGUGGACUGCAUAUUAAUAGGCAGCUUAUGCAAUCCCAUCGAUACAAUCUGCUCAAUAUAACGGGUUCAUAAUUAAAACCAGAUUUAGCUUUGCAAAAAAUUAAAAAAAUAUAUAAAAUUUUGUGAAUGCUGAUUAAAGAAAUUUGUGCAUCUGGAAUAAUAUAAAAUGCUUGGAUAAGUUGAGAAAGUUAUCCACUAAGUUGACAACGUUUAUCGCAGCAACAUAGCUCCAGCACAAAACAAACUAAUCAACAUGAAAGCCGCUAUCAUCUUCGCUUGCCUUUUGGCCGUUGCCUUCGCUCGUCCUGAGAUUGAGAUCGUCAGACAAGAUUCCGAUGUUGGACCCGAGAGCUACUCAUUCGACGUCCAGACCAGUGAUGGUACACAAAAGAGCGAAGCUGGCACAUUGAAGAACGUUGGCAGUGAAAACGAGGCUAUCGAUGUUACCGGCAGCUACUCAUGGGUUGAUGAGAAGACUGGUGAGAAAUUCACCGUCACCUACGUUGCUAACGAGAACGGUUUCCAACCUUCAGGUGCUCAUUUGCCCGUACCCCCAGUUGCUUAAAAUAUUGACGUGACGAACUAAAUCUUUAUUCUAAUGUAGCGUUUUUUAUACUGUUAAUAAAUUGAAUGCAAUUUUUGAAAAUAGAAAA